ACCAGCCCGCGCUGACACAGGCAGGAGGCUCCUGGACUAACCCCAAGAGCUGACUAUUAGGAGUGCCAGGAGGAAACCACUCGAAUCUGCAACCGAAGCUGCCAGGGCGGGGGAUUGUAGCAAGGAGAUGCCGCCCGUAUUGGUCCUGCUGAGCCUCCUAGUAGGCACCCUAGAAGUUUAUGCUGCUCCUCUUGAUAAAGGAACACGUCCAGAAGAAAUGGUAACACGUUGUAUCGUUGAAGUGCUUUCAAAUGCUCUGGCAAAGCCCAACGCUCCACCAAUUGAUCCAGAAUGUAAAGAGAUCCUUAAGAAAAGCAGUCAACACAGUUUGGAUGAAAAAGAUGAACAGAAGCAGUAUGAAACAAGAAAUAUUAAAGAUUUUGACAGUAUGAAUAAGCACCAAUAUGAAAGCAAUGAAGAAUUUAAGCAGAGUCAAGUUUUACCAGGAGGAGAAAAUGAAGAGAAACGGCACCAUGAGGAAGUUGAAAGUAAAGAGGAAAAGGAAGAAGAAAAAAAACAUGUAGAAGAUAAAGAGGAGAGCACUGGGCACUCCAAAGAAAGGGACAUUGUUGAUCAUGAUGAAGAUGAUGGGGAUGAUGAGGAAAGAGGGGAUCACAAAAAUCACAAUGGAAAAGAAAUUGAAAAAAAGGACAAAUCUCAUCAUGAUGAUUCACAAGAGGCAAAACAUAAUAUUUUUGACAAAACAGUUCACCAAACAGCUAAAAGUGUCGAAGAAUUCUCAGAGGAAGAUGAGGAACCACAUCACUUAGAGGAAAUCAUGAAGAGACACCCCAUAACCUUAAGUCCAAAAGAACCACUUUUCCACUCAGACAAAUACCAUUCAGCACGCUCUGAUGAAAUUUCUGAAGAAUCUGAUGAAAAGGAAGAAGAAAGAAAAAGAAGUUAUAACCCAAGGCAUGAUGACUUUGUCCAAAGAUUCGUAGAUUAUGAAGAAAAGAGAAGUAAUCAAGAAGAAAAGAUGAAUUACGUGCCUUCAGAUGAAGAUACAUUUCACUACAGGGGACAAGAGAAUCACCUGAAGAAUAAUUAUGAGAAAAGACCACACUAUGAAAGAGAAAGUUCAGAAGAGUCAAGAGAGAAAAGACACCACCACCAAGACAGUGAGGAAGAUAAAGCCCACCAUGACAGCAAUGACGAGAGCAAUGAGAGAGAAUUAAUAGGACAUCAUUAUGAAGACAAGAAACAUCAUUUAGAAAUAAAAAGGUGGCCAAGUGAAAAAACUGCUCAAUCAAACUAUGAACAGAGCAAUGAAGACAGUGAAGAAAGCAAGGAAGAUAUUGAGAAACGUCAUAGAGAUGAUAGGCUAGGGAAGCAAGAACUCUACAGGAAACUGAAACAUCAUUUCCAGGACAGUGAAGAGGAUGGAUCAUAUAAACAAGACAAGAAGCAAGAUGACAAGAGACGCUAUAUAGGUGAUGAAAUAGUGGAUGAGAUGAAAAGAUAUUAUCCAGACUUGUCUUACGAGCAAAACAUGAGACAUUACAAUGAAAAAAAUACAGAAAAUUCUAAUUACCCUGGCAAUGACAAAUACAAGAGACAUCAUUCCAAAGAAGAAACAAGAUCUUUCAGUAAAUAUGGCAUCCCUGAUGACUCUUUCAGGUGGAAGAACAAAUAUUUUGAGAAUGACAACAACGAAGAAGAGAGAAAAAGAAGUUUGCAAACCAAAAAUCUGUUUCCAGACUAUGAUGAUUAUGACUUAUGGGGUAAAAAGCAGUUCCUUGAUGAAAUUAAUCAUGAAUAUGGUGAAAAAAAGAAUCCAUUCAAAAUCCCGAAGUUGGAAGAAAAAAGGCAGUAUGACCGAAUGGAUGAACUGGCUCAGCUACUUAAUUACAAGAAAAAAUCAGUUGAGUUUCCAGAUUUCUAUGACUCGGAAGAAAUAAAGAAGCGACAUUAUAAUGAACGGAACAGACUGCGCCAAAGGCCACUAACAGAAGAGGAGGAGAAAGAAUUGGAGAAUCUGGCUAUUAUGGAUCUGGAGUUGCAGAAAAUUGCCGAAAAGCUUAGCAAUAACCGACAAGGCUGAUCCAAAAUGAGUAGCAAUACCUGAAGCUGAAACGGAAAUUAUAUUUAGCUGAAAACAUUCCUACAUUCCUCGUCACUGCCUCUUCAAAAGACAAAAAGUUAUUUAGUA